UGAAAGGCCAAUAAUGCAACGUCUGCCACGCCCACUGUAGCGCAGCGUGGAAUCUUGCUUCGCGUCGAUGCAGACAACUAGUUCCACAAGGCGAACCCGCUCCGAGUAACCGCAGCCUCGAGCCCAGAUGCGACUCUGUCUCCUCUGGGGCGCGUUGGGCGGGAGGCUAUGAUAAAGACUGAACUUGGUAACUUGCACACAGUAAAACAUAAACGCAAUUGAAUGCAAGUUAUAGCAGGGUUAGAUCGUUGUAAUUCUCGACAUUGAACCCUGAUAUUAACCUCACCAGCAGCCGAAACAGACAGACAAAAAGGACCGCUUCUGUUUCCUCCCGAAAUCGCCUUUGAAUGUGAGCUGUCCGCUGCACCUGGACGGGAAAGAUGCAGCAAAGAAGAUGCGGCUUUUUUAUGGUUUUAUCCUUUUUAGUACAGAUGGGGAACGCAGAUGUUUUUUCUGGUGACCAUGACCGCUACACGACCAGGACCGGUGAGGGGAGGAGGUGGUCGGACAGCCCGGUCCUGGUGUACCGUCACGUGGACCAAGACGGCCAGGAGAGGACCCUGGGUCUGGAGACACCCGGGUGGCAGCGUGGUGGGGACAGAGACAGUCUUCAUGCUUUGGUUAACACCCUCAGUGCCCAGCACCAGGCCAGACUGGACAGCUUCAGCAGGGACAUGGCCAGGGUGGACAGCCUCCUCACCCAGUCCUCCCAGACCCAUGCCAGGCUGGCUAAGCUGAUGCCCGCUGCCCUGCUGGAGUCCCAGUCCCGCCAGGCGCCCCGUGGGCAUGGAGCCGUCAGCCUGUUGGCACAGCCGGAGCAGGAGGUACGGGUGGAGAACGCUCCGGUCUCAGGCGCGCUGUAUGGUCACCGUGAAGCUGCAGGUUGAUGUGAGGAGGUUAACCAUGUCUCUUCUAAAGCGGUUCAGAGAGGGAGUAGCUGCUGCUCUGGACAUCUCCCCCAGAGACGUACACAUCAACAGACUCAAUGAGAGGAAGAAUGGCAUUGAACUGUAUGUGUCAUCUGAUAGGCCAGGGGCCACGGAGCCCCUCCCAGCAGAGGAGGUUAUUCAAUCACUGAACAUCAACACCCUGCAUCGUAGCCUGGGUCACUUCGGCAUCACAGAGGUCUCCUCGGAGAAGAAUGUGCUACAGGAUCAACAUGAGAGGGACAAUAUUUGGACUAAAGAGGGAUUCUUUGCUGCGGUCAUCUUCCUCACCAUCUUCAUUAUCAUCAUCACCUGUUUGAUGGUCCUCUACCGUCUAAAGGAGAAGGUUGAAUAUUCUGACAGGCAGACCAAAGAGCAGUCCGUGUUCCCCAGCCGCGACCUUCACCUGACCCCUGUCACCGUCCCACCCCCGGUCCCGCUGCACGCCGUCGGAGCACAGACCCAGCCCCAGGUCCCCUUCUCUAGCAGCAUGGUCCAAGCAGAGCCAGCACCGCCUUCUACACCCAUAUCCAUACCUCCACCCAGAGCCUGCCGUCCUCCACCCACCACCCCUGUCCCCAUCCCUGUCUCCAGCUCCAGCUGUGGUCCUCCGCAGCUCCCCCCUGCCCACCAGAAACCCUGCCUGUCAGCCAGCCCCUCUCCCUUCAGGAUGAAGCCUGCCGCGUGUCUCCAGGAGAGGAGAGGCUCCAACGUCUCCCUGGUGCUGGACAUGUCCUCCCUGGCCUCGGUGGAGCCCCUGAACUGUGGGGUGGUGACCCCCAGAGAGAGGGCCACUCAGGAGUACCUGCAGUCAGCCAGCCGGACCCUGUCCAGACAGCAGCUACGAGACGUGGUGCUCAACACACAGACGCUGCACGCAGAGUUCGCUGAAAUCCCAAUGAACUUUGUGGAUCCAAAGGUGAUGGACAUUUCCAGUCAUGGAACCAAAAACAGAUACAAGACAAUACUGCCAAAUCCACAUUCCAGAGUGAUCCUGAGGACCAAGAGCUCCUUCGACCCUCUCAGCAGCUACAUCAACGCCAACUACAUUAGGGGUUACCUAGGCGAUGAGAAGGCCUACAUCGCCACCCAGGGUCCCAUGAUCAACACAGUGAAUGAUUUCUGGCAGAUGGCCUGGCAGGAAGACUGUCCUGUCAUCAUCAUGAUCACCAAGCUCAGGGAAAAGAACGAGAAAUGUGUUCUGUACUGGCCAGAGAGGCGUGGUAUCUAUGGCAAGGUGGAGGUGCUCAUUAACAACGUGACAGAGUGUGACAACUACACCUGUCGGACCCUCAACCUGAAGCAAGGGGCCCAGAGUCGUGUGGUGAAGCACUACUGGUACACAUCGUGGCCGGACCAUAAGACCCCAGACAGCGCCCAGCCCCUGCUCCAGCUGAUGAGAGACGUGGAGGAGGACAGGACGGGCUCCCCAUCGCAGGGACCCGUCAUCGUACACUGCAGCGCAGGGAUUGGCCGAACGGGCUGCUUCAUCGCCACGACGAUAGGCUGUCGUCAGUUGGAGCUGGAGGGAGUGGUGGAUGUGCUGGGGAUUGUGUGUCAGCUCAGAGCGGACAGAGGAGGUCUGAUCCAGACAGGGGAGCAGUACGAGUUUGUCCACCACGCCUUGAGCCUCUUCGAGACACGCCUCUCCGCCGACACCGGCCAAUGAACAGAGGCCAGGAAGUUUUCGUUAAAACAUGCCAGGUUUUUCCAGGAAGUGGAAUUUAAUUUCUCCCUGGCGGGAAGGACCUAUCUUACCCGGUGACUGUGAGGUCAUGUGACUAAUGAGGAAGUGGAUGUUUGCGUGACGAUUGGAUGGUAGAUGUCCUUGUGGGCUUUGUCUUUGUGGACAUGUAUGGACAGCCUGGACUGCUAUUGGCUGAUUGAUUGAGUCUCCUUACAGAGAGAGAGAUGGAGGUAUGGACCGGUGAUUUUGUCUCUGAAUGUAAUGUAUCCUUUCUUCUCUUCCUCUCUUUCCUCCUCUUCUUCUACUACUUCCUGUCAUUCGUGAGCAGCUCUGCUUCUGAAAACGUUGUUGUGAGCAACCUGCCUCUGUCCAAUCAAACUCUCUGAUACUGCAGCUCUGUCCAAUCAGAUUGCCUGAUAUUGAUUCCGUAGUAUACCUACACUCUGACCUCUUACUACUAUGCGCUAUAGUGGAUGGGUAGGUAGUCUGUGGUCCUUGAAUCGUCCAUGGUGUUUCUAUUAAAAAGGAAAAAGUACGUUGUUGAAAUGAAUAGCACUUGUCUUUGUGACUUUACUAGGAUAUUUUUGAAUUCUGAUUAUUUAUUUUUAUUUAUUUUUAACUAUGUGUUGUUACACAAAGGUUAUUAUUCUGAAGACUGUUAUAUUCCAUUGGAGGUUGGCUUUUCUCUCAGUAACACACUAGAAGCUGCCCCUCUGCCAUAUACUAUACGUCUAAUAGCAUGUUGAUCAUCCAUUGAAAGAUCAGUGUAUGAAAGGUGAGGGAACGAUUGGGCCUGUCUGCACGGCCACUACACAUCAAAAGGUAUUUACACCAUGGGGAUGGCCAUUAUACACACUGAAUUGGAAGCAAAUAACAAACAUAAAAAGCCAGCCGACACGCAGGCCCUUCAGGAAUUGAGUUUGGCAGCCCCCUGCUAUAGGCCCCUCCUGUAGAUCUACCGUAUUCACAGAGAACUGUCAUGGCCGCCGUGUGAUCCAAUGUUCCAUACCAAAGCUCUCUGUUAUCAGGUGCCGUGUGAUCUACCCUGGCUCUGAAACGACGUUUCAUCAGUAAAUCAAUCUUUAAUAACAAAACCUUUUUCUUUUCAGAAAAUCAUUUAUUUUCCAUUUCUUAUCUUUCACAUCCAUCCUCAGGUAGUGUGUUGACCGUUAAAGGCCCAGUGCAGUCAAAAACAUGAUUUUGUCCCCCGCUGUGUUUUAUAUAUAUAUAUACACAUACUAUGAUGUUGGAAUAAGGCAGUUAAUUGAAAUUGAGAUAAAAACGGCUGCGUUGGGCCUUUAAGCAUCACAGAUAUAUGACAACUUUCUUUACCAAAAUGUAAAUGUUUGCGUUUAAAUUACAUGUCAUGUUUAAUUGUUGAUCAUAUAGAUUAAAUUAUAGUAAUAAUAAUAAUGAUUUUUAGUUUUAUACAAUAUUAAGAUAAUGUUUUGAUGUGUAACAGUAAACUCAUGAUCGUUUUGGUACUUUUAGACAUGAUGUUUUCUCUGUAUGACUGAAUGAUUCCCACACCCUUUAUCUCUGGAACCAAACCAUUAUUACAAAGAUAAUGUCAAUCAAGACACUUAUAAAAAAAAAUUGUCUGGAUUAUCUGACCCUGAUUUCAAACUCUGAUAUACUGUAGCUUCUAAAUGCCGAAUACAUACAGUUGAAGUCAGAAGUUUACAUACACCUUAGCCAGAUACAUUUAAACUCAGUUUUUCACCAUUCCUGACAUUUAAUCCUAGUAAA